AUGGAAAUCGUCGAGGAAACCCACGAAGAAAAGCUAAUAGUUCAUCCUCAACAGCAGAAACUGGACAACUACUAUGACAACUUCUCCGUAGAAGAAACGGAUUCGUUACAGUCAGAUGGUGGAGAAACUGUCACGAUGGAAAUAGAAUACGAUUUGAAGCGCCUUUCUAAGCCCGUCGAUCGAACUGAGUACGAUUUCAAUGCUGCAGUUGUCAACGCCUACUACGACUCCAGGUCGAACUCGAUAAGUAAGCAGAUCAAUGUUGUCAAUGCUCAACUGUACUGA